AAACUUUGUUGCACCCCAAAAGUGAAGUAGAGAGAACCCUCACGGUUGUUUUUUUUCCUUCACACGCAUUCACUUUGUUGCACCCCAAAAGACAAGUACAGAGAAGAAAGAAAACCUUGCCCAACUCUCCCUCGCCACGCUGCUUUAAGCUCACUCUCUCUCUUCCACUCUCGCUUUCUCUUGGUGGUCCAUGUAUUCCCAAGAGAGGAGCACUCCUUAGAAUACAGAUAAACUUUGGUCGAUUUGAAGGAAUUAGAAGAGGGAAGAUCAAAGAUAAGGCGACACAAGUCAAAAAUGGAUUGGAAUGGCACCUUACGGACCUUUGUUUCUCGACCAGAACCUUCUCUUAACUUCCUCUACAACUAUAACUAUGAUCAAUAUCCAGGUAUGGAGAUGAAGCAUCCAGGACUAGUGGAGGCAGCUCAUGGGUUGGUUCCAGCCUUGGACAAGAACAGCUACAGCAAUCAAGAAAAGAAGAAGAGGUUGACAACUGAUCAGUUAGACUCCUUGGAGAGGAGUUUCCAGGAAGAGAUCAAGUUGGACCCUGACAGGAAAAUGAAGCUUUCGAGGGAGCUUGGGCUCCAACCAAGGCAAAUUGCCGUCUGGUUCCAAAACAGGCGUGCUAGAUGGAAAGCUAAGCAGCUUGAGCGCUUAUAUGAUGCGCUUAAACAGGAGUAUGAUGUUAUCUCCAGGGAGAAGCAGAAGCUUCAAGAAGAGGUCAUGAAAUUGAAAGGUAUGCUAAGGGAACAGGCCACGAAGAACCCAGGCUCCACAGGUUACACAGACAUGUCCGGGGAAGAGACCGUCGAAAGCACCUCAAUUCGCUGCUCUAACAAGCCCAGAGUAGUAGCAAACCACCAUCAUCAGAUUGCUGAAUGCAACUAUCCUUUCAAUGUGGACGAGUAUAACCCAAUUUCAUCUCCCUACUGGGCUGUGCAGCUGCCUUCUUAUCCCUAAUAGACUACUCAAUUAACUUGUCAAUAACUAGUCACUUUAUCUCAACUAGACUAAUUAGUUUAGCUUGGUGAUCCUCUUUUAAUUUAGAAUAUUCAGUUUAGCUUAGCAAUGUUUACAAGUUAUCUUAGAGCUAGCUUAAUUAGUUUUAGUAAGAUCAGGGAGAUGUAGCAAUUAUCUCCUGGUUGACUACUUCGUUGGAGAAUUGACAUAACAUCUAUGAGUUAAAUAUAUAUGCACUAAAAUGUCUAAGAAGCCAAAAGGCUGCAGGGUAUUGGAUCAAGAGCAUAACAUAGUUUUGCGUGCAAAAGGCUGAUUUUCUUAUUGUGUUCUCAUCAUUUCUGGUGCUAUGUCUGGAACCUUGAUAUUUUAGUGAAAUGUAUGAUCUCCCACAUAAAAUGAUUGCUUAUUA